AUGUCCAACCCACAGAUUUCGCUCCGCUCGCCAGCAGAGGAGCCAACAAAUCAACCCCAAGACUCUGCUACCCACGGUGUUGCUGCCAACUUUUGCACAUAUGAUGUUGUGGCGCAGGAGGCAGCCAAAAUCGCCCUUAAAAAUGCCACUCCAAGUGCCAUUGACGAGCCAAUGAUUGGCUCGGUAGAUGCUCAAACACUUGGCACUUCAACCAUUUCUUCCGAUCCCAAUUCGAUUCAACUUUCCGACCACACCGUCACAGAGUGCAGUCAGUCUACAGGGGCAGAAACCAUUGAUGAUGUGGCCGAUUGCGUUGCCACGGGAUCCCUCCAUCCGAAAAACAAUUAUUGCACUCAAAUGCCAAAACUAGAAUCUUCAUCUGCAGAUUCUUCUUUGUCAAUUCAUGUCUCCACGGCUAAGGAAUCCUUGAAAAAAAAUGAUGCGGGAUCAUCGUCAAUUGGCGUUUCUUCACGGCCACCAUCGAAGAGUUCUGUUGUUUUUGCCAUUUUAUUUUACUUGGUGACCUCGAUUKCGAUGGUCAUUAUUAACAAAAUGGUGCUCAAUGUGUUUGCUCUUCCCUUGACUCUGUUAUGGAUACAGCUUGCCUUUGCUGCAGUCCUACUGAAGCUGCUUGAGCUUACAAGGAUAUGUUCGCCUUUUGCCCCUCUUUCGAUUGACAUUUUAAUUAGAUUGGCGCCAUUGAUUCUUAUCAACGUACUCGGGCUUGCUAUGAACACACUUUGCUUGCAAUAUUUAGAUGCAUCUUUAUACCAAGUUGCCAGAGCACUGAUACUUCCAUUUACCGUGAUCCUUUCUGCCAUCAUUUUGAAGCAGAAAAGCUCUAUUCCGGUUUUGAUUGCAUGUGCCAUCGUGUCUGGUGGCUUUUUGAUCGGCAUUUUCAUCGAAAAAGAUGUCCACAUUUCUACGCUUGGAGUAAUAUUUGGCAUUGUCAGCUCAUCGACUUCUGCUCUUCAUUCCAUUGUGAUUAAAAAGUCGCUAAGGAUAAUUGAUGGUGCCGUUGCUUUGGUAUAUUAUAAUAACUUACUGUCCGUUAUUCUUCUAUUUCCGUUAAUAUUUAUUGAGACAAAUGGCAUAAUUCAGUUGUUCACUGUGGCGAGCGUGUCCGCUGUCGCUACGCCGGGAAUGUUUCUGAUUGGCUCUGUUUUGGCAGGCGUUUGCGGUCUUCUCAUAAACCUUGCCGGGUUUUUGCAAAUUAAGGUGACAAGCCCGAUAACACAUACGCUGUCGUCGGCAUCAAGAGGGAUCAUUCAAACCCUAUUGGCCGUUUUAAUCCUCGGCGAAAUAUUAACAACAUCUCGUGUCAUCAGUAUCGCCAUUACUAUUAUCGGAACGAUCUUGUACACUUGGAUAAGGUCUAAGGAAUGUAAAAAAGAAGAGGCUAAAGCCGCCAAGUCACAAUCCUCGUUUUACAAGAUACCACAGCAAAUGGACAUUGAGGUCGGAAAAACGGAGAAAAUCUAUUCACGGCCCGACCAAAUGACGGAAGGUAACAUCCCCAAGUCUAUUCAUGGCCAAAACUUGCGGCUCUACAAGCUACCCGCAAAUACGAUGGUUAUGGCGUAA